CAAUGCCAACCAUCCCAAUUUAAAUGUAAUAAUGGACUCUGCAUUCCCAGUCAUAACUGGUGCAAUUUUCAGUAUAAUUGUGAAGAUAUGUCUGAUGAGCAAAAUUGUAUCUAUCCGAAAUGUAACCAAUUUACUGAACUAAAAUGUCAAAGUGGCCAGUGUAUAAGCAGAGCCCUACGUUGUGAUGGUUACAAUGAUUGUUACGAUGGAUCAGAUGAAGAGUACUGUGGUAUG